ACCAUUAUUGACUCUUCUCGGACACCGUAGCCGGAAAGACAACCGCUUUUCAGAAUAAUAAUACUCCAGUGGCAUGCAGCUCAUUAUCGCAUCGCUUAGCUAGCUUCUGGAUGCUUCAUAGCUGAUCUAAUGUUCAGUUAGGUAGCGAACCUCACUUUUGAACUGACACUUUAUACUACAAAAUGGAAUACCUGCUUCAGGUGAAAAUAGGCGCUUUGUUCGGUGUAUUGCUCUUAACUCUUAUAUUUGUCUUUCCAUUGGCAGAAACCCACCGUACAGUUCUGAGUCUAAUCAGUUGUUUUGCUGGUGGAGUCUUCUUGGCAGCAUGUCUGCUGGACAUCAUUCCAGACUAUCUGUCGGACAUCAACAGCGAGUUGGAUGCUCGGCAGGUGGAGACCAGCUUCCCUUUUCCAGAGUUCAUUAUCGCUGUUGGCUUCUUCAUGGUCCUCAUCAUGGAGAAGAUUGUCUUGAACUGCCGGGAGACAGCAGGGUCUGAGGAGGAGAGGUCACCCCUUAUGCCGGAUGACAGAAACAGGCACAGCCAUGGCCAUGGACCAAGCCCUGAUUUGGAGAGCAGCGGCCACCAUGUUCAUGUUGACUUUCAGGCUCACUCCCCUUUUCGGUCCUUCAUGCUCUUCCUGUCUCUUUCACUCCAUUCGGUUUUUGAGGGGCUUGCUAUCGGCUUACAGAACACUGAUUCAAAGGUAUUAGAGAUCUGCAUCGCUAUACUUGUUCACAAGAGCAUCAUUGUGUUCAGCCUGUCUCUGAAGCUGGUCCAGAGCGCAGUCCGACCGUCAUGGGUGGCUUCUUACAUCAUAGUAUUUGCAUUGAUGACACCUAUAGGCAUUGCUAUUGGCAUCAGUGUGAUAGAAGCUCAGCUCACAGCUGGAGCAUUGAUCCAGGUCAUCCUGGAGGGGCUUGCCGCAGGGACGUUUGUUUACAUCACCUUCCUGGAGAUCCUUCCACACGAGCUCAACUCUCCUGGCAAGCAGCUUCUCAAAGUGCUCUUCAUCCUACUGGGCUUCAGCAUCAUGGCAGCUCUGACGCUUUUGGGCUGAGAUCUGUCAGGUUGUGAUCUGGAGCUGUGUGUCGACCACUGCAGCUUCCACAUGUUUGUGGGUGACUUUUGCACAAAAAGACUAAAUGUGUUCCUUGGGUUUACUGCUGCAUUGUUAAAUCUAGCUCUGAAGUUUUUAAUGCUAAAAAGAGCAUGGCAGCAGAAAAGGGUGUUUUAUUGCUUUCAGUAUACUUUUAAAAUUUUUCACGAAAGAGGAGUUUAGCCAAGGUGUGUGUAUAAAUCGCUUCUUUUAUAAGAGGAUUUUAUGGAAAGAGGAACUAUUUACUACAAGAGAAACACAGGAAAGAAGUGGCAUAUCACUGAUUCCACUCAUUUAUUACUGGUCUUGUUUUGAAACGUGCUCCAGAGCUGCAAACAAAACCAGCAUCUUUGACCUUUGACACUUUCAAAGAAAUCACUGCAAAUGAAAGGAGUCUGUUGUAUGUAUAUGAUAUUUUGUAAUUAAUUGAAUCAUGUCAGUUUAUCAGUACCUCCAGUUCUUUAAUGUUUAAAGUUUAUUUGAAACAAAUUCAGAUGGGUUUGACAGUUUGAGUCUGGCAACCUGUUGUUUCUGAAAAGCACUGUUCAUGCCUUCACUUUAUUCAUAUUUGAUGUUCUUUACUACAGGCUCAAACAGAGGAUUGACCUUGGUAAACUGAUCAUUUUGGUAAACACAGUGCUUUUAGAUGCAGUUUUGUCUCUUUGAUGCCUUAAAAAGGCAAAGGAAUGAUGAGAACAUAUGUUUGAUGUCUUUGUCUUCUCUUUGCACUUUGCACUUUUUUUUCCAAAGCAGUGACUGUCACCACAAAUGAGCAAGGCGAAUUGUGUUUGGGUGAUCACUAUUUUUUACAUCAUUUUGACCUUAAGCAUAGUUUAGUGUGGUGGGUUCUGCCACUAGACCAGACUGUUUGUCCACUGUAAAUACAGACAAAAUGCUUUUAGUUCUCUGUUUUGACUAUGGACGAAUACAAAAGCUUUGUGUUUGCACCAAGAAAUCAGAUCUUAAACUACAGCAUAUGCUGAGGGCCAAGACUGCGUUUUACACGGCCCACAUGUAAAGUGGCUGUGACUGAGAAUGUAAGAGAAAAACUGUACUUUUCAAAAGCGGUAUUACAUUAGGUAUAAUAUAUCUGUGCUUUCAGUGUGUCAAAUCCAUCUGUUUAGUCACAGUUUCUGUUUUAGCCUGUCAUGUAAUGGUCAGAUUGUUUCCUGAACAGAAAGGCAGUUUUUUGUUAUUUUGCCAUGUAUCAUAUUUUGUGCAGAUGUGGCAGUUAUUGGUUAGUUUUUAUGAAACAUCUGACCAAGGAUGAUGCAAGAAUUUACCCAAAAAAGGAAGGCUACUGCUUUCACUUCAGUGUUGUCAGUUUGCCAUUUGUCGCCAAGUCAAUAAUUUGUUAACUUACUUUGCUUGUAAGGUGCAAAAACCUACUUGUACUAUUUUGAGCCUAUGUGAUUAUUCAUCUCGUGACAGAGGUGACUGUUGUCAUUUGUGUAAAUGUAAUCACAGUAAAGAUAAGAGGAUGUUUCUGCCUA